AUGUCGACCGAGCCCGUUGUCUACCAACUUCGACGCCCCUCUUCUGAUAAAUCCUGGGGCUUCGUGUUGCAAGGUGGAGCCGAUCAAGGCCUUCCCGUCUUUGUCCACAAGAUUACUCGAAAUGGCAUUGCCGACAGAGUCGGCCUUCAACCUGGUGACGUUAUCGUGAAGAUUUGUAAAACCCCACUCUCUGGAAUGUCCCACAGCCAGGUGAAAGCUGAGCUCCUUCGUGCCGGUAGCGAUCUUGACUUCACCGUUCUCAAACACGCAUUCAACAUUGCCAAUUAUAACAUGAGCAUGAAGAUGCUGGCGGCAGAACAAGCAGCCACGUCCGCGGCCCAGGGCAAUCCCGAAGAGCGUUCCGAGAUUGUGGAAGAACACCUGUGGCGUCAGGGCGGACCCAAGUUCAAGAAUGUGCAGCCCAAAUCCUACCGAAUUCUCCAGCAACAACUACCGCAAUCUGAGAUGGGUGGCAACACUCCCGGAUCGGUUUUUGAGAGGUCAGUGGACGAGAGAUCGCCGUAUCUCAAGGCCACAGAGCCGUCAAUUCAGAAGGCGUACGGUGAAUCCUGA